AUGUUGUUCAGCAUAUUGAUAUUAAUAAAUUUUUUUAUCUUAUAUUCAUAUUCAAUUGUUUCACAAAUACUUUCAUCUGUAUCAAUAUAUGAAGAAAGUCCAAUAUCAACAAUUGUUGUUGAUCUUCGUCCAAUAUUUCAAAAACUUAAUGUACAUACAAAUCAAGCAUCUUUACUUCAUAGUCAAUCAAGUCAACCAUUUGAAUAUAAUAAUGGAUAUAUAAGAUUAAAAUCUCGUUUAGAUCGUGAAGAUUAUGUACAAAAACGUUUAUGUAUUGGUGGUAAUAUAUAUGAAUGUAAUUUUACAUUAACAUUAACAGUUAAUCUUAAUCAAACACCUUAUAAUUAUAUAUUAUCACAACCAAUAUCAUGUUAUGAUAUAAAUGAUAUGAUACCAAAAUUUUCUCAAAUUGAAUCAAAAAUAUUUAUGGCUGAAAAUGUUCCUAUUGGACAUCGUAUACCACUUGAAAUAGCUAUUGAUUUAGAUUCAUUAUAUUAUGGUAUUGAUUAUUAUCGUUUAGAAAUAUUAAAUAAUAAUCAACAAUAUCAAUUUUCUAUUAUUUAUGAUAAUCAUAGUCGAGAAUUAGAAUUAAUUGUUAAAGAAAAAUUAGAUCGAGAAUUAAAUGAAAAAUAUUUAUUUAAAUUAAUGGCGAUUGAUCGUGGACAACCACCAAAUAUUGGAAUACAAACAUUAACAAUUGAAAUUCUUGAUAUAAAUGAUUGUCGACCACGAUUUGAAUCAUCUAUUUAUAAUAUUACUAUAGCUGAAAAUACUAUACCAGAAUAUUUACUUCAAAUACAUGCUAUUGAUGAUGAUAUUGGUUCAAAUGCUGAAUUAAUAUAUAUAUUAGAAAAUAAUUAUGAUAAUCUUUUUUAUUUAGAUAAUAGAACAGGUAUAUUAAGAUUAAAUCAAAUACUUGAUUAUGAAUUAUAUAAAAUAUAUCAAUUAAAUGUUCAAGUAUAUGAUAAUGGAAUUAAUCCAUUAAGUGAUACCUGUAUUAUAUAUAUAUAUGUACUUGAUCAAAAUGAUCAUGCACCAUCAAUACAAAUGAAAUUUAAUCCAAUAUUUGAACAUAAUCAUGAUGGAAAUAUGGCUUAUGUAAAAGAAUCUUUUGAUAUUAAUUUACCAUUAGCUUUUGUUAAUGUAUAUGAUCAAGACUCAGAUGAUCGAGGAAAAGCUCAAUUAACAAUUGAACCUCAUCAUUUAUUUUAUGUUGAAAUAAUACGUUUAAAUUAUUAUGCUAUUAAAUCUUUACAUAAAUUUGAUCGUGAAACAAUAUCAUAUUAUAAAAUUGAAUUACGUGCACGUGAUUUUGGUCAACCAAGUUUACGUCGUUCAAUGACAUUUGAAUUAAAUAUAACUGAUAUAAAUGAUCAAAUACCACAAUUUAAAACAAAUUAUACAUUUGAUUUAAUUGAAAAUAAUCGUAUACCAACAAUAAUUGGUCAAAUUCAUGCAUAUGAUUAUGAUCAAGGUAUAAAUGGACAAAUAACAUAUACAAUAAAUCCAAAAUCAUUAUAUUUUUUUAUAACAUCAAAUGAUGGUAUUAUAUCAACAAAUACAACAUUUGAUUAUGAAAUAAAACGUAUAUAUAAAUUUCAAGUAUGUGCACGUGAUCAUGGAGAACCAUCACUUGAAUCAUAUGUUAAUAUACAAAUAAAUAUAAUAAAUAUAAAUGAAUAUUCACCUAAAUUUGAAAAAGAUAAUUAUGAAUUUUCAAUAUAUGAAAAUCGAACAAUUAAAUAUAUUGGACAAGUUAAAGCAUAUGAUCAAGAUUAUAAAGAUAUAAUUAGUUAUACAUUAGGAAAUUAUGAAGAUUUAUUUUUUAUUGAUUAUGAUGGUAAAAUUUCAACAAAAUUUAUAUUUGAUAGAGAAUUACAAGAUGAAUAUAAAUUAACAAUUAUUGCAACAGAUAAUUCAACAUUUGGAUCAACAAUUGUAACAAUUAAAAUUUUGGAUAUCAAUGAUAAUCCUCCUGUAUUUAUAUGGCCAGAAUCAAAUGAAAUUCAACAUAUACUUUCUGAUGAUCAUUCAAAAUAUAUUGAUAUAAAUAAUCCAUUAGCACAAUUUAUAACUGAUAUUAUUAUACAAGAUGAUGAUCUUGAUAAGAAUUCUUUAUUUAAUUUAACAAUAUUAAAUAAUAAUGAAUUUUUUUAUAUUGGUUUAAAUAAUUCAUUAUGGUUAAAAAAUUCAUCUAUAUUACCUGGUAUAUAUGAAAUUGAAUUUCAAAUAAAAAAUUAUGAAUUUGAAAUAAAAAAAAUUUUAAAUAUUAUUAUUAUUAAUAAAAGAAAUUUAUUAAGAUUAAAUUUAUUUAAUAAUAUAAAUAAAACAUUUAAAAAAUUUUCAAUGUUAAUUACAAUUAUUUUAAUAUUUUUUAUUAUAAGUUUUAUUAUUAUUUUUAUUAUUUAUUAUUUAUGUAUAAGAAAAAAUGUUGAAAAAAAAUUAUAUGGUAGUAGAUUAAUUGUUAAUGAUGAAGAUAAAUCAAAACAAAAUAGUCCACAAACAAAAUCGACAACCGUUAUUUUACCAUCAAUUCAUAAUAAUGAUUAUAAUAUUAUUACUAAACAAAGAAAAAAUUCACAAAUUCCAUCUGGUAAUAGUCCAUCAAUAAUGGAUGCUGAAUUUUCUUCAUCACUUCUUUCUUCUCCAUUUAAUGGUACAUCAUCAUCAUCAACAUCAGAUCUUGAUCGUUCACACAGUAAUAAUAAUAAUAAUCAUCAAAAUCUCCCUUCAUCAACUGUAUCAGCACUUACAACUCUUACACGAAAAUCAACACGACGUCAACAAACAAAAAAUGUUAGUUUUCAAACAACAUCAAUUAAUCCAACAAAUAAUGUUUUUAAUGAUCUUUUUCAAAAUACAUCAUCAACAUUUGGUACAUUACCUAAACAAAUAAAACAUGAUAUAUCAAUAACAAAUAUAAAUCAAAAUUUACCUAUUCUAACAAAUUUACCACAAAAUCAAUCAAAUAAUUUUCCAACAUUACAAACAAUUCUUAAUCAAGCAACAAAAGAUAUUCAAACAAAAUUACAACAACCACAACCACCACCAUUACUUAAUGGAAUUAUUUUACUUGAUAAAAUGCUCACAAAAUCAUCAAUAACAAAUGAUGAAAAAAAACAUAAAAUAUCACCAUCAUCAUCAUCAUCAAUUAGUAAUAGUGGAUGGUAUAAUGUCACAUCGAAUUGUCAGACACGAGCUAGUAUUGUAUAA